GCUCGACGGUGAACUUCCGGUCCCGCGGCGCACGUUUCCCUUCCGCGGUUUGUAAAACGAAGAUCAUACGAGCACCUUCGUCGGCGUUUAAAGAAUAAAAACAACAUGAGCAAAGCACAUCCACCCGAGUUGAAGAAGUUCAUGGACAAGAAGCUUUCAUUGAAGCUGAAUGGAGGCAGACACGUGCAGGGCAUCCUACGAGGAUUUGACCCCUUUAUGAACAUGGUGUUGGACGACUCUCUGGAGAUGGGCCCGGGAGGACAACAGAACAGCAUCGGCAUGGUGGUCAUCAGGGGCAACAGCAUCAUCAUGUUGGAGGCCUUGGAGAGAGUAUGAGAGAAGAGGAGGCGGCGGCUGCAGACGGAGAAGAAAAUGAUCCACACCUUUUUACACCUGUUGUCCCUUUUAGUUACUUCUUAGUUUGAAAGAGGCAAAGCAAUUGUGCAACAUGUCUUUUUUUGUGUGUCUUCAUCUGAUUUCCAUUGACAGGGAUGUUUGUUUGGACAUGUUUUGAAAUGCGUAAUCUUGUGAAUAAAUCUGUUUUUCUUUUGUA